AUGAAAGGUGUCGAUUUUAGUACAUUGCCGGUUGAUUGGAUGGCCAAUAAAAAGGCAUGCGUGAAAACUACAGUUUUCACAGAAUGGUUCGUUAAAUAUUUUGUACCAGAAACUAGAAAAUAUAUGAAUGAAAAAGGCUUAGAAUUUAAAGUUCUUCUGUUGGUAAGCAAUGCACCCGGGCAUCGUCAGUUGGAACACGAAAAUGUUCAAGUUAUGUUCCUGCUACCGAAUACCACAUCCCUAAUCCAACCACUGGACCAAGGAAUUAUCGCAACAUUUAUAACUUACUACAUCAAAAGAACGUUCCAGUACAUUUUGGACGCUUUGGAUAAGGAUAAUCUUCCUACAGUAAUUGAUGCUUGGAAAAAGUUUUCUAUUAAAGAUUGCGUUAAACAUGCUGCUUUAGCAUUAUCAUAUGGAUUGCUAUUCGAUGACAUUGUUGAACUGAUGAUUGAUAAAGUUCUUAGCGAAGAGGAAAUAUUACAUUUUGCCUCACAGAAUGCUGAUUCUAUAGAACGCAGGGAUAGUGAAGACCCUGUAAUAUUAACUUCAAAUUUAAUUCAAAAAGGACUUCAAAUUGCAAAUAAAUUAGGACACCAUUUCAUCACAAAUGAUCCCAAUGUAGAAGGAGCUGCAAAAUUCCAACGUGAGCUGAAUUCUUGUAUGGCUCGUUACAAAAAAUUAUAA